AUGGGAGCGCAUGAAAGCGUUGUGCGAGUGGAGGAUCGCCAGGCCGCAGACCCAGACGGCAAAUGGUCCAUUGGCCCUCUCACUCCGAACGCAGAUUCCUUAUCCAAGCAAAGUUCCAUGGGUUUCGGAAUGGAUGCUGAGACUUUGGUGGAAGCUAAGCACCAAGAUGCAGUUGCAGCCCGGGUGUUCGUCCAUUCCUUGGCCUCUGGCAUUUUCAGAGACGAGUUUGUCGUGCAGUUAGACAAUGUUGCUGACGUGCAAUUUUGGCAAGGCAUACGCUCCAGGUACCAUUUUGAGCGCCUUCAUGAAGAGCUUGGAUGUGAGCAUGGUGGGACAACGAUCCAACCUUUGCCAGGCCGGAAAGCCGAGUACUUCAAGAUGCAGCCUGUGGUGUGGACGCUCUACAUGCAUGACAGUGGCUCGCUCCUGCAAGCUUGGCUUAACCAGGUCAUUCGGGCAGGCUUUGGCCGCUCUGGCUCCUUCAAAAGGUUUUUGUCACAUCAGGCAGUUCCCCAACCCGUGUCGAUCCGUGGAUGGGACACCUUAUCGCAUAUGAUUUUUGCUUUGCCCAUGAUGGACGACGUGGUCUCUUUUUUGGAAGAACCCCUGGAUGUCAUAAAUCUUUGCGAGCUAACUUCGAAGACCAUUUCGCAAAAUGGCAAGCUCCUUUGUGCACACCAAUGGGAACGCAUGUAUGCUGAGCGUUGGCCAGCAUUCUACGAAUCCCAAUGCCACAUGUCCAAAGUGACUCACAUGGAAACAGAUUGGAAGUCCAUGUACCGUCACACCUGUUCUGGCCACUAUGAAGCCUUAUUGGAGGUGCAUGACCGGGAGAAGAAGCUUGGAUUUGCCAUGUCCUGUAUGUUGGCAAAGGUGACAUGGGAUGCCAAUACCAACUGCUACACUGCCGCCUACGUCAGUGCAAGCCAGGUUCUCCCAGAACGCAUUCCAUACCACGAAGGAUACAGGCUUCGAUUCUGCCGGGCCUCCGUGCGCGAGUGCCUCAAACCUGAGCUGAUGCCCCCGCAAGCCUCAGAGGUGUACGGUUAUCGCGUGUUGCAUGAUGCGCCAGAGCUGAAAGUCGGCCAGGGUGUGGAACUGCAGUGGAAAAUGCAACAAGGCAGCCCCUUCGGCUGGUGGUUCGGCAUCGUCGAGUCAGUACUCCGAGAAGCGAACAGCAAGAAAGUGCUUAUCACCAUGACCUUUGAUCAUUUCCCGGCAACUUCUCGUUGGCGAAGGUUGCAGGUCACGGUUGGAGAUGGUGUUACGCGGCCUUGCGCUAUCGGAGGCUGGCAUGGCGGCGUUCGAGCCGUAAGCGCAGCGGAGAAGAAGGACAUUUCUUCGUACGUAGGGUCUAGACUUUGUGGCUGUUUGGGGUCGGGGGUCAGUUUGGAAAUUUGCGGGUUCAAGGAUGGACCAAGGUCAGGAGUUUGGUCCAAGAGUUUAGGACUGACCCUGGGCAUGGUCGUGUUGAAAGUAUCGUCUAUUGUUUUGCUUGGGGUUCUCAAAAGCAAGGUCUUGGGGACUUUAGGGAGGUAUCAAGCUUACAAAUAUCUAAUGUGGCCCCUAUGA